AGCACUGAAUAAGAUCUCCCCCGCCUCUCUCCGGUCAUGAAUGAUUAACCGCCUCGGUGCCUCAGUGAGCGGCUCGCGGUGCGCUGGAGCUGGGUAACCGCGGCGACGCAGUGCCUCGAGGAACCGGGUGACCUGCGCGCAGGUUUUUUUUUUUUCGGGCGCGCACCGCUUCUGCCCCCCAGCCCAGAGCCGGAGAGCGACCGAGCCACUUGCCACGGAGUUCCGGAGUGGUGUGGACCAGGACGUCGGCCGCCCCCUGGGGUUCUCUAGGUCUGGCAACCUGGUGGACGGUUCGUACAGGCGCUGUAGACCGUUUACCAUGAGAGGAGUCUGCUACUGCUAGACGGGACAGAAGAUCACAGCCUUUUCCAGGGUGGAGAACAACUACCGGGAUAUCCUCUGGUUAUUAAAGAAUACUUGACUGGGCACAACAGCUUUGGAAGAUGCAGAAACGGAAGAGCCACAGCAACCAGCUGAACAUGGAGGGGUCCCUGAUAGCUCGGGACCUCGUGGGCAUCCAGGACUUCGUCCUUUUGGACCCCCACACCAGCGAGACAGCCUUCCUGGACAACCUGAGAAAGCGCUUCAGCGAAGACCUAAUUUACACCUAUAUUGGCACUCUUCUGGUGUCUGUCAACCCGUACAAAGACCUCGACAUCUACAACAAAAAGCAAAUGGACACCUACAUGGGAGUCAACUUCUUUGAACUUCCGCCCCAUAUCUACGCCCUGGCGGACAACGCGUACCACACCAUGCUGAUGGAGACCAACAACCACUUCAUCCUGAUCUCCGGCGAGAGCGGCGCCGGGAAGACCGAGGCCUCCAAGAAGAUCCUGCAGUUCUACGCGGUCAGCUGCCCGAGCACCAGCCUCCUGCACAGCGUGCGGGACCGCAUGCUCGUGUCCAACCCGGUCCUGGAGGCUUUCGGGAACGCCAAAACACUGAAGAACGAUAACUCCAGCCGCUUCGGGAAGUACAUGGACAUCCAGUUCGACAGAGAGGGAGAAGCUGUUGGGGGACACAUUCUCAGCUACCUGCUGGAGAAGUCUCGGGUGGUCCAUCAGAACCAUGGUGAGAGGAACUUCCACGUCUUCUACCAGCUGGUGGAGGGCGGGGAGGACGGGCUCCUUCAGUCCCUGGGCCUGGAGAGGGACUGCCAGCACUACAGUUACCUGGUACAGGGGGAAUGUGACAAAGUGAGCUCCAUCAAUGACAAGAAUGACUGGAAGACGAUGAGGAAGGCCCUCUCAGUCAUUGAAUUCACAGAGAGCGACAUCCAGCCUUUGUUCGAGAUCAUCGCCAGCGUCCUCCACCUGGGCAACGUCCACUUCAGUCCCGACGCCAGGGGCUACGCCACUCUGCCCAGCAACGUUGAGCUGCGCUGGGUCUCCAAGUUACUGGGGGUCCAUGUGCAGGUGCUCCUGGAAGCCCUGACCUACAGGAAGAUUGAGGCCAAGACAGACGAGGUCCUCAGCCCCUUCACCAUAGACCACGCCAUCUAUGCCAGAGACGCAUUGGCCAAAGCGAUUUACGGUCGCACCUUCACCUGGCUCGUUAACAAGAUCAAUGAAUCUUUAGCCAAUCAGGAUUCAACUAAGAAGACGGUCAUUGGGUUAUUGGACAUCUACGGCUUUGAAGUAUUCUAUGUGAACAGUUUUGAACAGUUCUGCAUCAACUACUGCAACGAGAAGCUACAGCAGCUGUUCAUCCAGCUCACUCUGAAAGCUGAGCAGGAGGAGUAUGAAACUGAGGGCAUCGAGUGGGAGCCGGUGCAGUUCUUCAACAACAAGAUCAUCUGCGACCUUGUGGAGGAGAAGCACAGGGGCAUCAUCUCCGUGCUGGACGAGGAAUGCCUGAGACCUGGGGAAGCCACGGACCUCACCUUCCUGGAGAAGCUGGAGGAGAAGAUGGGCAACCACCCUCACUUUGUCACGCACAAGCUGGCCGACAAGCAGUUGCGCAAGACGCUGGAGAGGGGCGAGUUCCGUCUCCUUCAUUACGCCGGAGAGGUCACCUACUGCGUCAUCGGGUUCAUUGACAAAAACAAUGAUCUUUUGUACAGGAACAUCAAAGACGUGAUGCGCCAGUCCAAAAAUGCCAUCGUCAGGCACUGCUUCGCGUCCGCGGAGCCGGACAGCAGGAAGAGGCCGGAGACGGUGGCCACGCAGUUCAAGAACAGCCUGACGAGGCUGGCGGAGCACCUGAUGUGCAAGGAGGCCUGGUACGUGCGCUGCCUGAAGUCCAACGAGGCCAAGGAGCCCGGCCGGUUCGACGAGGCGCUGGUGAGGCACCAGGUGAAGUACCUGGGGCUGAUGGAGCACCUGCGGGUCAGGCGUGCGGGCUUCGCCUACCGACGGCGCUACGAGAACUUCCUGCAGAGGUAUAAGCCCCUGUGUCCGGACACCUGGCCCCACUGGAGAGGGGUCCCCGCCGACGGUGUCGAAAAGCUGGUCAGACACCUGGGCUACGGGCCGGACGAGUACAAGAUGGGCAGAACCAAGAUAUUCAUCCGCCACGCCCGGACGCUUUUCGCCACAGAAGACGCCUUCGAGCGCUGUAAGCACGAGCUGGCGUCGAGGAUUCAGGCCAAGUACAAAGGCUACAGAGCAAAAGGAGAGUUCCGGAAACAGAAGGAAGCGGCCACCAAGAUUGAGACCUGCUGGAGAGGAGUGCAGGCCAGGAAAGAGAGAGAGAAGAGGGCCUGGGCUGUCAAAGUUAUCAAGAAAUUUAUCAAGGGAUACAUGAACAGGCAUCUGGCGACGUCUGCGGACAACUCAGAGUACCUGGCCUUCGUCAGAGUCAACUAUCUCAACAGGCUGAAGGACAACCUGCCCAAAACUGUCCUCGACAAAACCACCUGGCUGACCCCUCCACCUGUCGUGAAGGAGACCUCGGAACUCCUGCGCAAGCUCCACGCGCGAAUGCUGGUGCGGAAGUACGUGAAAGGGACCACACCUCAGCGGAAAGCCCAGCUGCAGCUUAAAGAGAAAACCAGCGCCAUGUUCAAGGGGAAGAAGGACAGCUACGCGCAGAGCGUCUCCAAGCCCUUCGUAGACACCAGGAUCAGUGAGGAGGAUAUCAACCCCAGGGUCGUGCAGACGAUUCGCCAGGAACGAAUCAAGUAUAGCACCCCGGUGGUGAAGUACGACCGGAACGGCUUCAAGUCUCGCCAGCGGCAGCUCAUCCUCACCCAGGCUGCGGCCUACGUGUCGGAGGAGGCCAAGAUCAAGCAGAGGGUGGCGUACGGCGCGCUCACAGGUGUGUCCGUCAGCAACCUGACCGACAGCAUCAUGAUCCUGCACGUCAGGUGCGAGGACGCCAAGCAGAAGGGGGACCUGGUGCUGGAGUGUGAGCACCUGUUCGAGGCGCUGACCAAGCUGAGCGUGGUGGCUAACAAGCAGGACGCCAUCAAAGUGGUCCAGGGAAGCAUCAAAUUCGACAUCCAGCCGGGCAAAGAGGGAUUUGUGGACUUCGCCAGUGGCCAGGAGCCCAUGGUGUACAAAGCCAAGAAUGGCCACCUGAUGGUGGUAUCUCUGCGAGCCAGAGCUCGGUGAUUGGAGGGGGGGGGUCUCCCAGACACACGAUAGGCCAGGUGAUCUUCGAGGACGUACGGAUCCCAGCAAGACCCCUGAAUAUUUCAUCAGAGAGGACAGACAGGCCUGGUGAAAGGACCUCCACCACCCACCCCCCGAAAUGCAGUGACAUCACCCUCUGUGGGUGGGGGUCCAAGCUGCCACCUGCAAGGUGGGGGGGGGGAAGCUGGAAGAACAUGAGCAUGGCCCCUGGAAACGGUGACAACUGCCCACCAAAAAUGGAACAUCCCAGGUCUUCAGUCUCCUCACUAAAACAGUUCAGUGCAAAAAUGAACGCUCCUUCUCCAGUCUUCUCAUAGGGUUAAUUAAAAUAAUAAAUAAGGGCUAAAAACAACAUUUCCCAAAGUAAUCAUUUGGGUAUACUGUGUCAGUACUUAGAAAGCAUUUAAUUAAGUAUGUAACAGGGUAAAAUAUUCCACUUCUCAUAGGUUUCAGAAAUGUAACACCUGGAGGCUUUAUCAAAAUUGUCCUUCGUUAUUUCUUUGUGAUAUCAAAGCCAUAUGUAUCAUAAUUUUAUAUGUAACGCUCAGCAAAAUGUGUUUAAAAUAAAAGACAGU